GUGAUGAGGAUGAAUCUAAAGCCACAUGUGACAUCAAGAUCAAGUUCAACCUCCAGCAUCAACAGUCAACAGGGCCGCCUUGCUCCUCUCAUUAUGGCCCUGUCGUGGUGCUCCUCCGUCCGGCGCCUUCACCGCCUUCGCCAGCUAUCCUUAAGUUCUACAUCUCACUGCGGCAAAGAGUAUCACACACACCAUGGUGGACUUGGUGCAGAGAGGCAGUGCUUCACACACAAACCUUUACUGUCUGUCAGGAACCCGCAGCUGUUUGUCCCCUCACGUUCCAUGUUCAUCAAGGUUCAAGAAACACCAAACCCAAACUCCUUGAAAUUCCUGCCUGGCGUCCCGGUGCUGGACUCUGGGACGGCUGACUUCCCUAACCUCAGUGCAGCUCAGAAAUCUCCCUUAGCCAAGCUGUUGUUCAGGAUUGAAGGAGUUCGAGGAGUGUUUCUGACCUCUGACUUUAUUACCAUUACCAAGGAGGAGGAAGAAGCGGAGUGGAGAACCAUCAAGCCAGAAGCCUUUGCUGUCAUCAUGGAUUUCUUUGCCUCUGGGCUUCCUGUGGUCCAUGGGGGCGACGAGGCACACAGUGAACAUGCCCAUUGUGAGGAUGAAGACGAUGAGACAACUGCCAUGAUCACGGAGCUCUUGGACACACGGAUCCGACCGACAGUGCAGGAGGACGGAGGCGAUAUUCUGUUCAGAGGGUUCAAGGAUGGAAUUGUCUAUCUUAAGAUGAUGGGGUCCUGCACCAACUGCCCUUCUUCAGUUGUUACGUUGAAAAGUGGCGUUCAAAAUAUGCUUCAGUUUUAUAUCCCCGAGGUCGUGGAAGUGGUGGAGGUUAAGGAUGAGGCGGACAAUCUAGUCGAAGAUGAAUUCCAGAAAUUAGAGGAGGAAUUAAACUCAAAACAAAACAAAACAAAGUGAAGCACAAACAGCCGUCAGCAGCUGCUGGAGCAAGUCGGCCAAGCCUUUGCUCUGGUGCAACCCAGCCGAACAAGGGACACUGCUCACUCCUGUUAAAACAAGGAUAUAUCUGUAUAUUUUUAAAGAGUUGCAUACGUGAAUAAAUGCAACUGAUUGUAAUCACUGUUAAGUAGAAUAAAAUAAUUAUUAUUAUAA